AUGCACCCCCGUACCGCGGAAUCACUCCGCCUCCCACUCAUAGAUCUACCCUUACCCCGCACCGUCACUAUGCUCGAUGGGUCGAGCCCCCAGGCUGGAAAAAUCUGGAAAAAAGCCAACUUAACUUUCUCCCUCGAUGGCAAACAGAUAACUGAGACGUUCCUAAUCUGCAACACAGGGUCUCAUGCCGCCAUCUUAGGAUUGAAGUGGUUAGACGCUCACAACCCAGAGAUUGACUGGAACGCGCAAACCCUUUCCUUCCCCCAUGCACCACCAGAACACGUGGCCAUUGCAGAAGAAGAGGAAGCUGACAAGAACCCCCUUGAAGGAGUACCCCCCAAGUACCACCAAUAUGCCAAGGUAUUUGGGGAAGAAGAAUUCAACAAGCUCCCUCCUCACCGGCACUACAAUAUUGGGAUUGAACUAACAGAAGAAGGGCCUCUUAACUCGCCCCUCAGUAUGACCAACGCCAAAUCCUCCACACUCAAGGAUUGGCUCAGGGACAAGCUCAAAGCCGGAAAGAUCCGUCCCAGCAAAUCAUCUAUUAGCUCCCCCGUUAUGUUUGUCCCCAAAAAGGAUGGUUCCCGUCGCCUGGUUGUAGACUAUCGCUGCCUCAACAACCAGACUAAGAAGAACGUGUACCCUUUACCCCGUCCCGACAAUCUCAUGGCCCAGCUCCGUGGUGCCAAGGUCUUUACUAAAUUGGAUCUGCGAUGGGGUUACAACAAUGUCCAAGUCAAGGAUGGUGACAAAUGGAAGACCGCUUUCCAAACCAAAUAUGGCCUCUACGAGUCCCUGGUUAUGACAUUCGGCCUGACUAACGCCCCUGCUUCCUUCCAGCACUUCAUGAACAACCUGUUCAAGGACUUGCUGGAUGUAUGCGUCAUCAUUUACCUUGAUGACAUCCUAAUCUACUCAAAGGAUGACGCAUCGCACACUCAGCACGUCCACAAAGUCCUGCGACGCCUAAUGGAAAACCAGCUAUUUUGUAAAGCCUCUAAGUGCACCUUCCACGUCACCUCAGUGGAAUACCUGGGAAUAAUUGUUUCGGACAAAGGAUUCAGCCUGGAUAAGCUCAAAAUCCAGGCAAUCCAGGAAUGGCCUACACCAACUAAGGUCAAAGAAGUACAAUCGUUCCUAGGCUUUGCCAACUUCCUACGCCGCUUUGUUGCUAAUUUCAGCCACAUGGCCAGGCCGUUACACAAUCUGGUCAAAAAGGACGCACCAUGGAAAUGGGAUACUAGGGAACAAGAAGCGUUCCAAGGAUUGAAGGACGCUAUCACCAAUGCCCCCGUACUUUGCCACGCUGACCCCGCCAAACCAUACUUCCUUGAAACAGACGCCUCAGGGGCAGCCCUUGGAUCCAUACUGAGCCAACGUCAAGAAGACGGACGAUUGCACCCCUUGGGUUUCCUAUCAGAGUCAUUCAAGGGAGCGGAACAAAACUAUGACACGCACGACAAGGAACUACUUGCAAUCAUCCGCUCCUUUGAGUACUGGCGUAUUUUCCUGGAAGGAACCCUGCACCCUGUCACCGUGUUUACCAAUCACCGCAAUCUGGAGUACUGGAAAGAGUCACGCACAUUCAACCGUCGUCACGCCAGGUGGCAUCUACUGUUAGCCGGGUAUAACUUCCAAAUCGUAUACCGCCCCGGUAAACAGUCCGGCAAACCAGACGCUCUCUCACAACGUUCAGACCAUGCCGACAUUCCACCGGAUGCCCAAACCAUGCUUCCCGACCCGGUUUUUGCCAACGUUGCGCUAGUCACGCCUGAGAAGGAGUUACAACGCCAGAUUGAGUUAUCCUUAGACCAAGACGAGUCCCUGGAGGAAAUCCUCCAAUUCCUGCAGAACAAAUCCAAGGCUCCACCCUCAAUCAAACGCGCCUUCAAAGAUUACAAGAUGGAAGCAGGCCUGCUAUUCUACCAAGGGCGAAUUGUAGUACCAGACGUUGGGACGCUGAGGACAGACUUACUCCGUAUAUUCCACGACAGCCCCUUAGCCGGACACCCAGGCAGACAACGGACCUUAGAAUUGGUAUCCAGAAACUACUACUGGCCUGGCAUCCGCGCAGACACGUAUUGGCAUGUGGACUCCUGUGAAACGUGCCAACGGAUCAGAAAGCCCAAGUACGCGCCUAUCCCACCUCAGCCGCUGGAACUCCCCGUCAAGCCCUGGCAACACGUGUCUUACAACAUGAUAGUAGAUCUGCCCAAGGACGGAAGCAACGACUCCAUCUUGGUCAUAGUGGAUAGCUUCACAAAAUAUGGGAUUUUUGUCAAAUGUUCCAAGAAGCUCAAGGCACCUGAACUAGCGGAAUUGUUCUUGGAGCACGUAUGGAAACGGCAUGGUAUGCCUGAGAAAACGGUCUCAGAUAGGGGAAGGGUCUUCAAUAACAAAUUCCUGAGGGCACUGUACAAACGCCUGGGUAUAGACCCCCACUUCUCCUCGGCAUACCACCCCCAGAGUGACGGACAAACAGAACGGGUUAACCCAUCCAUUGAACAUUUUCUCAGGGCUUACUCAGGGGUAAAUCAACGGGACUGGACCAAAUGGCUACCAAUGGCGGAAUUUGCGUACAACAAUGCGGUCCACAGCAGCACAGGAAAAACACCAUUCAAAGCCCUGUACGGAUGGGAACCUACCCUGACACCUUCAAACGUACCCACAGAUGUACCAGAGGCCGACGAGUUAGCCCAGACAAUGGAGGCACAAUGGAAGGAAGUGGAAUUGGCACUCCGGCAAUCCAAACAACGCAUGACGGCCGGGGAAGAUGGAAGCCCAAUAGAGUUUGAGAUCGGAGAAGAAGCCUGGCUGGACGCCAAAAACGUCAACCUCAAGACCUUGAGUCAAAAACUGACGGAACAACGCCUAGGACCAUUUAAAGUUAUUGAGAAAAUCUCCGACCGGGCCUACCGCCUGGAACUCCCUCCUACCAUGCAAAUCCACGAUGUCUUCUAUGUAGGACUCCUGUCUAAGGAAUACGAAGUGGAGGGGAUUACCGAUGCAGAGGAACGUAACGGGAAAUGGUUUUUCCGGAUAAAAUGGAAGGGUUACGGUUCUGAAGAAAACACAUGGGAACCCCGGGAGAACCUAAAAAACGCGGAAAAAAUUUUGAGAAAAUACAAGGAGGACAUGAAGAAGAAGGCCCUCGGCGCUGCCAAGGCCCUUAGAGGGGGGCAGUGUUGUAUUGCAUUCAAACGCAACCACGAGCGCGGUAUCUUAUGCCUCAAUCAAACCGCUUACAUCAACAACUUAGUUCACUUUGCAGGUCUUAAGGACGCUUUCCCCGCCGAUACACCCCUAAGUCCCAGCGUUCAACUCACACGCUUCAAUGGUGCUAAGCCAAAGUUUAACUAUGGAACUUACAUCGGUAAGCUCCUAUAUGCAGCUCUAUGCACUCGACCCAACAUUGCUUAUGCCGUCGCACACUUAGCACAAUUUACUACAUGCUUUGGUCCAGCACACGUGACUCAGGUUAAGCGCCUAGUCUGUUACCUCAAGGGGACUUUGACCCUUGGCCUCACCUAUUGCCGAUCGGCCAAAGGCUUUGGCAAAAUUGGCUACUCAGAUGCCGACUGGGGCAGCAACCUUAUUGACCGUAAGUCCAUCUCUGGACAUGUAUUCAUGCUCGGCGGCGCAGCCGUUUCUUGGUCAGCUAAGAAGCAAGCAACUGUUGCUUUGUCAACAAUGGAAGCCAAGUAUAUGGCGUUAUCGCACGCAUGUACCCAGGCCUUAUGGAUGCGACAAUUCUUUGAAGAACUGUACCUAUACGCUGAUGCACCGACCCUUAUUCUCUCAGAUAAUCUUGCUGCACUCACUCUAUCCGUUGAAUCUCAAUUUCAUGGACAAUCGAAACACAUCAACAUACAACACCAUUUCAUGCGCGAUAUUAUUGAGAAACGGAAGGUAACUACGUUGUACGUACCGUCCAAUGAGAACCUAGCAGACGCCUUCACUAAAGCACUCCCGGCACCACAAUUCAGGUACCUCAUGAGAUCAAUCAUGGGCAAACCGAUCGAAGAAUCAAUCAAAGACGAAUUGAUUAACUAA